AUGGGUGCUUCCUCAAAUUCAGUGGUGACCAUGGUGAUGGUCAUGGUGGUGAUGGUCAUGAUGGUGAUGGUCAUGGUGAUGGUCAUGGUGGUGGUCAUGAUGACCAUGAUGGCUGUCGUGAUGAUGAUGAUCAUGGACAACUACCUAGAAGUUGAUCAAGCUGAGGUUACAUCUGAUGAUGGUGGUCGUGGUGAUGAUGGCGGCCAUGGAAAAGACGGUGGAGGAAUCCAUGGUGGUGGUGAUGGUGUCCAUGAUGAUGGUGGUGAUGGUCGUCAAAGAUGA